GGGCUUCUCCUGCGAUAUGAGAGAUUAGGGUUUGACAAGAUAAGUAAAUUUGGGGAUAUGACGGGAAUCGGGGAAGAGCCGCCGCCGCCGCCGCCUUACGAUGAUGAUAGAAAAAGUAUAGACGAUGGGGAUGAGACGGGAAUCGGAGAAGAGUCGCCGCCAUGCGAUGAUGAUGAUGAUAGAAAAAGUAUAGAUGAUGGGGAUGAAACGGGAAUCGGGGAAGAGUCGCCGCCAUGCGAUGAUGAUGAUGAUGGGGAUGAGACGGGAAUCGGGGAAGAGUCACCGCCAUUCGAUGAUGGUAGGAAAAGUAUGCGUGAUCCUGAGUUUGCUCUGCUUAUCAAGAAGCUGCGGGCAGACCAUCAACUCCUGGAAGUCCAGGAGUCACCUGUCGACGUUUUUGAUUACAAAACCCACAACGGAUUCAUUUCAGAUGAUUCCAAGGGUUUUGAAUUGGCUCAGAAGAUAAAGCGUCGGUGCUGCCCUUAUGACAUCAGCCUCUGCGCUAGGAUUGGACUCUAUUGUUACAAUUUUCAGGAGGGCGAAGAUUACCAUUUUGGCUCUGUGAAAAAGUCCUACAAGCGGUGGCUUCAUUCCAUCAACGAGUCUGUCCUAACAUGGAGCAAGUCUUUCAUAACACUGGAGGCAGUGGAUCGAUACGGCGGCAGAUCUCCACUCACUAUUGAGACUUGCGUUACCCGUAACGAUGGAGGAGCUACAGACGGCGUGAGACUAAGGUGGGAGACUUGCAUUUGCCGUGUGAAAGGUAGCGAAGAAUUGGCUGAUCAUGAGUGGGACGAUAAAGCAGUAAAAGAUGACUACAAAGGUGAAAUGCCCAGAUGGCUCUCUGAUGACGAUAAGCAACGGUGCUAUGUGUUUCGAGUACCUGAGCUGGUGGACGUGGACAAUUGGUGGCUGCCUCUCUUCACUGAGCUUGCCUUCUACACGAAAUGGAAGGCAUCGGUCUGGGUGGGCGAUAUUGCUUUGUUCCCACCAUUGAUGCUUCGACAAGUGUUUGUGGAAACCCUAGGAGAAGCUGAGACUGAGACUGAGCCGCGUGAUAAGCUCAAGGCCCCCAAUGCAAUCUUCUACUUAAGCUUUGAAUGUGAUGAGGAUCCAGAAACAGGUGAGAUCGGUUAUUAUAAAGCGGUUGUAAGGAAGACGAUGGAUGGGAAACCAGGACACAUGCGCCUCGAGGUUAAGGUGUUGGAGCAUCUAUCCCAGGAGAAUCCAAGAAAGCGAACCAGAGAGGAGCUUGAGGCCGAAAGGCAACCUCGUUGCACUUGGGCAGAAGAAUUUAAUACCAAAUAAGUAUGUAUUUUGUAUGAUCCAACUCAUAGAUCAAUCAUGUACGCAUGUUUAAGUGAAUCAUAUUCAAUGUUGAAGUUGCAGGCAGCUUAUACAUUGAAUUCAUCAGUUAAUUCCAAUUUGAACAAGUAAUUAGCUGGCGACGUAAAUGCAUGUUCUAAUAUUGAGAAUGUAUAAGGUAGCUGGAGACAAUUAUGUUAUGGUUGAGAAAGAG